CAAACUGGUAGUAGAGGUCAUCCUUUUUAGAUGCUCAUGAUCUCAUGCCUAAAGAUAGUGAAGUAUCACUAAGUGCAUUUGUAGCAAUCUAGAAGUUGAACAAGUUGAUUUCCGAAACCAGCUAAACUACCCCAAGACAGCCCCAAAGACCAGAAGCAAUGCGUUUAAAAAUGCAGCAAGCUAAUUACCCCAACCCCCAAGAUGAUGACUUUGCGCUCAAGGACAUGAAUCCACAAUUCGGAGGAAGAGGUUGGAUGGGCAACAAAAGAUACACCACCAGCACACACGAUCUUGUUGAGCAGAUGUUUUACCUCUAUGUCAGAGUUGUUAAAGCCAAGAAUCUUGCCAGCGUUGAACCUUGUUACGUGGAAUUGAAGUUGUGGAACUACAUAGGAAAGACAAGGGACGCCAAUAACCAAGAAUGGUCACAGGUAUUUGCAUUCUCUAGAGACGUCCUCAAAUCAUCAAUUCUUGAAGUUCUAGUUAAGGAAAAAGGCAUGGAAAAAAGCCCCAAUUACGUCGGAAAAGUCGAGUUUGACUUGAACGAGAUCCCAACAAGGGUCCCACCAAACAGCCCCCUCGCUCCUCAAUGGUACAAUCUAAAGGACCCUUAUGGUGAACUCUGGGGAGGCAUCAUCAUGCUUGCAGUUUGGAUGGGGACACAAGCUGAUGAAGCCUUCUCAGAAGCAUGGCAUUCAGAUGCUGCACAAGUUAAUGGGGAAGGAGUUGUCAGUGUCAGGUCCAAAGUUUACGUCUCUCCUAAGCUUUGGUACCUGAGGGUAAGAGUAAUCGAAGUGCAAGACAUCAUUGUGAAGAGCAGAAACCGUGUCCCUCAACUCCGCGUGAAAGGGCAAGUUGGAAACCUGCAGGUACUAAGAACUACCAUAUCCCGUGUUGAAAAUCCACCAACAUGGAACGAAGAUCUGGUGUUUGUAGUAGCAGAGCCAUUCGAGGAGGAGUUGGUCCUUACUAUUGAGGACCAAAUCAGCGGGACUAUGAAAGAUGAGGCACUUGGAAUCAUAGCUCUGCCUUUGUCCACGUUUGAGAAGAGGAUCGACCACCGACCUGUCCAAUCUCGAUGGUUCAAUCUCAAGCACUUUGAUUGUGAGUCCUUGGAAGGAGAUGGGAAAAAAGAGCCAAAGUUCUCGGCUAAAGUGCACCUAAGGAUCUGUCUUGAAGGCGGGUACCAUGUACUAGACGAAUCAACUAUGUAUGUGAGUGAUCAAAGGCCAACUGCCCGACAGCUUUGGAACCCACCUGUUGGGAUAUUGGAAGUUGGGAUACUAGGGGCUCAAAAGCUUCUUCCAAUGAAGAUGGAGGACGGACGUGGACGCACAGAUGCAUAUUGUGUAGCCAGGUAUGGUCAGAAAUGGGUAAGAACCAGAACCAAUCUUGACACAUUUAACCCCAGGUGGAAUGAGCAGUACACUUGGGAAGUCUACGAUCCUUGCACAGUUAUAACACUAGGAGUCUUCGACAACUGCCAUUUGGGAGGAACAGGAAAGGCAACAGCGGUACGAGACUCUAGAAUUGGCAAGGUGAGGAUAAGGUUGUCCACUCUGGAAUCCCACAGAAUUUAC